CGAGCGGAGCGCGGGGGCCGCCGGCCCGGCCCGCCCGAGCCCCCGCGGCGCCCGGCCCGGAGGCGCGGCCGGGAGGAUGUCGGCGGGCGGCCGCGACGAGGAGCGGCGGAAGCUGGCGGACAUCAUCCAGCACUGGAACGCCAACCGGCUCGACCUGUUCGAGAUCAGCCAGCCCACCGAGGAUUUGGAGUUCCAUGGGGUGAUGAGGUUUUACUUCCAAGACAAAGCUGCUGGGAACUUUGCAACCAAGUGCAUCCGGGUGUCCAGCACAGCCACCACGCAGGAUGUGAUUGAGACGCUGGCAGAGAAGUUCCGGCCAGACAUGCGCAUGCUGUCCUCGCCCAGGUACUCUCUGUACGAGGUGCACGUCAGCGGAGAAAGAAGAUUGGAUAUAGAUGAGAAACCCCUAGUCGUACAGUUGAACUGGAAUAAAGAUGAUCGAGAGGGCAGAUUCGUGCUUAAGAAUGAGAACGAUGCUCUGCCUCUCAAGAAGGCUCAGAGCAAUGGCCCCGACAAGCAGGAGAAGGAGGGAGUCAUCCAGAACUUCAAGAGAACGCUCUCAAAGAAGGAGAAGAAAGAGAAGAAGAAGCGCGAGAAAGAGGUGUCUCGGCAGGCGUCGGACAGAGAGGAGCGGCUGUUCCCAGGGGAGGACGUUGAGAAUUCCCGACUGGCUGCCGAAGUUUACAAAGACAUGCCUGAGACCAGCUUCACCCGCACGAUCUCCAACCCUGAGGUGGUCAUGAAGCGCCGGCGGCAGCAGAAGCUAGAGAAGAGGAUGCAGGAGUUCCGGAGUUCUGACGGGCGGCCAGACUCAGGUGGGACGUUGAGGAUCUACGCUGACAGCCUAAAGCCCAACAUCCCCUACAAGACCAUCCUGCUGUCCACCACGGACCCUGCGGAUUUUGCUGUGGCAGAAGCGCUGGAGAAGUAUGGGCUGGAAAAGGAGAAUCCCAGGGAGUACUGCAUCGCCCGGGUCACGCUGCCUCCAGGUGCUCAGCACUCGGAUGAGAAAGGUGCUAAGGAAGCCAUCCUCGAGGAUGACGAGUGUCCUUUACAGAUCUUCCGGGAGUGGCCCAGUGAUAAAGGGAUCCUCGUGUUCCAGCUGAAGAGACGGCCUCCCGACUAUGUGCCCAGGAAGGGCAGGAAGCACAGUGACGGGAAGCUGGUGAGGGCGAGGGAGCGGGCCGAGGGGGCUGGCUACGGCUCUGCGCUCCCGCCCGAGAAGCUGCCGUACCUGGUGGAGCUCAGCCCAGGGAGGAGGAACCACUUUGCCUACUACAACUCCCACGCGCACGAAGAUGGUUCUGACUCCAGGGAUAAGCCGAAGCUCUACCGCCUGCAGCUCAGUGUGACUGAGGUUGGGACAGAGAAGCUGGAGGACAGUUCCAUCCAGCUCUUCGGGUCUGGAAUUCAGCCCCAUCACUGCGACCUCACCAACAUGGACGGUGUGGUGACUGUCACGCCACGCAGCAUGGAGGCCGAGACAUACGUGGAGGGGCAGCGCAUCUCUGAGACCACCGUCCUGCAGAGCGGCAUGAAGCUACAGUUUGGGGCGGCGCACGUGUUCAAGUUUGUGGACCCCAGCCAGGACCACGCUCUCGCCAAGAGGACCAUGCAGGAGACAACAUUCGAGCUAGGAGGGGAAGUGCACGGCGGCACAGGACUGCCCACGAGCAAGAGCACCACCAGGCUGGACAUCGAGCGUGGCACAUCGGCCUGUAGCACCGCUGAGCGUGGCCUGGUGAAGCCCAUGAUCCGGUUGGAGCAGCAGCAGGAGCUACGCAGGCAGGAGGGCAGACCCCAGGACGCUGCCGGGCCGGAGCUGACGCUGCCCGCGAGCAUCGAGUUCCGGGAGAGCGCUGAAGACUCGUUUCUCUCCGCCAUUAUCAACUACACAAACAGCUCAACUGUGCACUUUAAGUUAUCGCCGACGUACGUGCUCUAUAUGGCAUGUCGGUAUGUACUGUCCAGCCAGUAUAGACCUGACGCCAGUGCCUCCGAGCGUCCCCACAGAGUGAUUGCCAUUGUCAGCAAGAUGGUGAGCAUGAUGGAAAGCGUGAUCCAGAAGCAGAAGAAUAUCGCAGGGGCGCUUGCUUUCUGGAUGGCAAAUGCCUCCGAGCUUCUCAACUUCAUCAAGCAGGACCGAGACCUCAGUCGGAUCACAGUGGAUGCCCAGGACGUGCUUGCGCAUCUGGUGCAGAUGGCCUUCAAGUACCUGGUUCACUGCCUCCAGUCAGAAUUGAAUAACUAUAUGCCAGCAUUUCUGGAUGACCCUGAAGAGAACAGUUUGCAAAGACCAAAAAUCGAUGAUGUCCUGCACACGCUCACGGGGGCCAUGUCCCUGCUGCGCCGUUGCCGUGUCAACGCUGCCCUCACCAUCCAGCUCUUCUCUCAGCUCUUCCACUUCAUCAACAUGUGGCUCUUCAACAGGCUGGUCACCGACCCCGAGUCGGGGCUGUGUUCGCACUACUGGGGGGCCAUCAUCCGCCAGCAGCUGGGCCACGUGGAGGCCUGGGCUGAGAAGCAGGGUCUGGAGCUGGCAGCCGACUGUCACCUCAGCAGGAUCGUGCAGGCCACCACGCUGCUCACCAUGGACAAGUACGCACCUGAGGACAUCCCUGCCAUCAACAGCACCUGCUUCAAGCUGAACUCGCUGCAGCUGCAGGCCCUGUUGCAGAAUUACCACUGUGCGCCCGAUGAGCCCUUCAUCCCUGCGGACCUGAUUGAGAACGUGGUGGCCGUGGCAGAGAACACGGCUGACGAACUGGCUCGCAGCGACGGCCGGGAGGUGCAGCUGGAGGAGGACCCCGACCUGCAGCUGCCUUUCCUCCUGCCCGAGGACGGCUACUCCUGCGAUGUGGUCCGGAACCUCCCCAGCGGCCUGCAGGAGUUCCUGGACCCUCUGUGCCAGCGCGGGUUUUGCAGGUUGAUUCCUCACACACGUUCCCCAGGCACGUGGACAAUAUACUUCGAAGGCGCAGAUUAUGAGAGCCACCUCACACGGGAGAACACAGAACUGGCCCAACCUCUGAGGAAAGAGCCGGAAAUCAUCACCGUGACCUUGAAGAAGCAGAAUGGAAUGGGACUGAGUAUCGUGGCAGCCAAGGGUGCAGGUCAGGAUAAACUGGGAAUCUAUGUCAAGUCAGUUGUGAAAGGAGGCGCAGCUGAUGUGGAUGGACGCCUGGCUGCAGGCGACCAGCUCCUCAGUGUGGACGGGCGAAGUCUGGUAGGACUCUCUCAGGAAAGGGCUGCAGAGCUCAUGACCAGGACCAGCUCCGUGGUCACACUGGAAGUGGCCAAGCAAGGAGCCAUCUACCACGGCCUCGCCACCCUGCUCAACCAGCCGUCCCCCAUGAUGCAGAGAGUUGCAGAUCGCCGAGGCUCAGGGAAGCCCCGUCCCAAGAGUGAAGGCUUUGAGCUCUACAACAACUCAGCACCCAAUGGGUCCCCGGAAAGUCCGCAGCUGCCGUGGACAGAGUACAGUGAGCCCAAGAAACUGCCCGGCGAGGACAGGCUGAUGAAGAACAGGGCUGACCACCGUUCCAGCCCUAAUGUUGCAAACCAGCUUCCCAGCCCUGGAGGGAAGAGCGCAUAUGCCCCUGGAGCAACCGCCAAGAUCACCUCUGUCUCUACUGGGAAUCUGUGCUCUGAGGAACAAACCCCUCCACCUCGGCCCGAGGCCUAUCCCAUCCCCACGCAGACCUACACCCGGGAGUACUUCACCUUCCCUGCCUCCAGGGCCCAGGACCGCACGGCGCCUCCCCAGAACCAGUGGCCAAACUAUGAGGACAAGGCUCCCAUGCUCACAGACGGCAGUGACUCCCAUUCCGCACGUCAGCGGGUGACGCGCUCACAGGAGGAGCUGCGGGAAGACAGAACCUGUGGCCUGGAGCACCAGAUGGACAGUGACCUGUGGGUCACCCAGAGCUCCUCGCUGGGCUCCAGUGCGUCCAGCCAGGAGCACCUGGACCACUCCUCCAAGCCCGGCACCCCGGCUUCCACACUCACCAAGAGCGGCCCGGGCCGCUGGAAGACCCCUGCUCUGGUGCCGGCCCCUCCGGUGGCGCUGUCCCAGCCCCUCCGGACAGACCUGCCCCCACCGCCCCCUCCGCCCCCCGCGCACUAUGACCUGGACGGGGUUGCCCUGGACCUGCCUCUCCCUCCCCCCCCUGUGAGCCAGUUGGGCCCCCCGCCAGCCGAGCGCAAGAAGCGGGAGGAGCAGCAGCGCUGGUACGAGAAGGAGAAGGCUCGGCUGGAGGAGGAGCGGGAGCGGAAGCGGCGCGAGCAGGAGCGGAAGCUGGGCCAGAUGCGCACGCAAGCUCUGCACCCCGCCACAGCGCCUGCGCCUCCCGCAAGGCCCGAGAAACCCGCGGCUCUGCCCAGGCCCCCGGAGACGGUCAUCCGGGAGCUGCAGCCCCAGCAGCAGCCCCGCACGAUCGAGCGCCGGGACCUGCAGUACAUCACCAUCAGCAAGGAGGAGCUGGCCUCGGGCGACAGCCUGUCCCCAGACCCCUGGAAGCGAGAUGCCAAGGAGAAGCUGGAGAAGCAGCAGCAGCUGCACAUCGUGGACAUGCUGAGCCGCGAGAUCCAGGAGCUGCAGAGCAAGGCCACGCGCAGUGCCGAGGAGAGCGACCGCCUUCGCAAGCUCAUGCUGGAGUGGCAGUUCCAGAAGCGACUGCAGGAGUCUAAGCAGAAGGACGAGGACGACGAGGAGGAGGAGGAGGAUGACGUGGAUACCAUGCUGAUCAUGCAGCGCCUGGAGGCUGAGCGCAGAGCACGGCUGCAGCAGACUGCUAUGCCAGCAAUCUCUGUUCUAGAUUUGUUGCAGGAUGAGGAGCGGCGGCGGCAGCAACAGCUGGAGGAGAUGCAGCAGCGGGAGGCGGACGACCGUGCGCGGCUGGACGAGGAGCGCCGCCAGCAGGAGGAGGAACGUGGCCGGCGUGACGCUGAGGAAAAGGUCCUGGUCCUCUGAGUGCCGCUCGCGUGCCACAGUUUAGCCCAGCCUUAACCGCCAGGGGCCUGGGCCCCGCUCCGUGCCUGCGACGUGGCGGGUGUAGACAGGGCCUGCUGGCCCCCGAGCUCUGGUGGCUGGACCCAACCUUCCCUGCUCUGCCUCCUGCCUCGCUGCUGCCGAUGGGCCUGUGCACUCGGGCGGGUGGAGGCGCCAGGAGCCGGUGCGGUUAGUGGACCUGCAGCCCUGCGAGUACAUUCGCCCCUGAUGUGGCCCCGCUAGACGUCAUCCGGGACACCUGAACUCAGUGCGAGCCCCUCUCUGAAGUCAGUUUCCCGGGUUGCUGUGGGCUUUUAUUCAGGGACUCUUCCUGAUCUCUAGGACAGCUGUCUUCCUCACUGCACGGGGAGAUGGCCUCCGCAUGGCUUCUCACCUGGUGCCCUCCCGCACGGGUGCGGCCACCCUCUGUCCCUUCCCUUCUGUGAAGGGGAAGUGCUCAGGCCUCCAUGGCCGUCGGGGAUGCGGGGCUGUGUGAACUGUCCUGUCCCCGUAGCCCAGCAGGUCCCAGUCGUGGCGCACCUCCUUGACCUCCCCCCGAGACCCUCGAGGGUGCUUUCUGUAGCAACACUACCUGUUAGAUGCGGAGUGAUGGAGAGUUAGGUGCAUAGGGAAGAUGGCACUCGUUUCCAUGAAGGUGGAACGGCUCCUGUGAGGACACAGACCUGUUCUGAAACCAGCGAAUUCCACGCACUCUAGACUGGCCCUUCUUCCCGUCUGUGUCUGUUAUCUGUCAUUUCUGAACAGCCUCUGCAGUGGCCUCCUGCUUGGCCCACGGAGGCGGGCCUAGGGCUGCUCUCCUGUGGGUGGGCUCUGGGGAGCAGCCGGGCCCACGUGUCCAUGGGCCGAGCCACAUCCUGGGACCUUGGCAUGGCCGCCGGGACCACCUGAGCACAGCUGCUGGAGAAGGGAGCAGUGCUGGUGUGCCAGUCAUGAUGCUCUCCUGUGCCCGUGCCGGUGACGCUAGACUUGAGCGGCUGUCUCAAAAGGAGCCGAAUAACUUUCUUGUUCAUACGGCGUCCAGAGCAGAUGGGUGUGAUUGGCUGUAGAACUACAAGCCCUGAGUGUGUGGGGUGGGACCGUCUCUCGGCACAUACUUGUGUAUGCUCCUAGGGACACAGCGACAAGGGGUUUGAUUCCCCAUCUGGUCUCAUGUGAUAGUGUUUGCGUUCACCUACCUGCGUGGUCUGACUCCCGCCUGAGCCAGUGCAGGCUCCCUGCAGAACCCAAGGUGGGCAAGUCUUGUCCUCAGGCUGUCACUAGCGACAGAACACAUCCAGGCGACCCAGGUGUGGGCAGGAGCAGGGCUGCCUUUCCUUCUCUGACUCUUCUCCUCUGGCCAGUGAAGCACUGGACAUCACGUGCUCACCUGUGCCUAUAGGAAUGGAGGCAGAGUCGGGUGUGUAUGUGUGGAGGGGUGGAGCAGAGUGGGAGUGUGUAUGUGUGCAGGGGUGGAGCAGAGUGGGGGUGUGUAUGUGUGUAGGGGUCAGCAGAGUGGGGGUAUGUAUGUGUGCAGGGGUGAGCAGAGUGCGGGUGUGUAUGUGUGCAGGGGUGAGCAGAGUGGGGGUGUGUAUGUGUGCAGGGGUGAGCAGAGUGGGGGUGUGUAUGUGUGCAGGGGUGAGCAGAGUGGGGGUGUGUAUGUGUGCAGGGAUGAGCAGAGUGCGGGUGUGUAUGUGUGCAGGGAUGAGCAGAGUGGGGUGUGUAUGUGUGCAGGGGUGAGCAGAGUGUGGGUGUGUAUGUGUGCAGGGAUGAGCAGAGUGGGGGUGUGUAUGUGUGCAGGGAUGAGCAGAGUGGGGGUGUGUAUGUGUGCAGGGGUGAGCAGAGUGGGGGUGUGUAUGUGUGCAGGGAUGAGCAGAGUGGGGGUGUGUAUGUGUGCAGGGAUGAGCAGAGUGGGGGUGUGUAUGUGUGCAGGGGUGAGCAGAGUGGGGUAUGUAUGUAUGCAGGGGUGAGCAGAGUGGGGUGUGUAUGUGUGCAGGGGUGAGCAGAGUGGGGGUGUGUAUGUGUGCAGGGGUGGAGCAGGAUGGGGGUAUGUAUGUUAUGCAGGGGUGGAACAGAGUGGGGGUGUGUACAUGUGCAGGGAUGGAGCGAGUGGGAGUGUGUUUGCGUGUAGGGAUGGAACGUGUAGUGGUGUGUGCCUGCAGGGAUGGAGCAGAGUGGGGACGUACAUGUGUGUAGGGAUGGAGCACAUAUGUGUAUGAGUGUGGUGCUGGAGCAUAGUGUGAUAUGCACGUGAGGGAUGGGUGUGAUGGGUGUGUUGUGUCGAGUGUGCGUGUGUGUGCAUGUGGGGGGGUGUUACAGUUGUGCAGAUGUGGCCUAGAGGGAGUAGGGAGAAAGCACACGCAGACCCGGAAGCAGGACAAAAGCCCUUGGUCUGCAGCCCCUCUGCGAACUGACCCUGAGAAGGAGCCUCAAUGCCCCGCCCUGCACCCGCUCCCAGCCUUCGGGGGCGUCCUGGCCGCUCUCUUGUCCUUUUUUUCCCCCUUCCUUUCCCUUUGUUCUGAAACUGUCUAUAUUUAACCCAACUGUGCUGUUUCCUUCUCGAUGUUACGAGACUUGAACCUUGUUGCCUGUAGUUGUGCAGCUGUGUGUCGCAGACUUGUACAGUGAGUGUGCAAAUACAUCGGACUCUGCUGUCACUGUC